AGCAGUGAAAAUUCUGAGGUGAUUGUAUUGUGUGGUGUGUUCAUACUCAAUUAACUUAAUUAAGUUAAAAACAGUGUUAGGUGCACUUUAAAUCAACUUGAGGAAUUCAACCCGCUUACUAAAACAGCAACGUAUAACGGUCCGCCGGUAAAAACCGCACGCGUACGGAAAUAUGGCAACUGCAGCUAACACGACAGCUGGACCAGCGAAAGACGGUGCGCCUGCACCAAAUGCACCAGCGCCUCCAAAGACUUUAAACGGCAUUGUGAAACAAGUGCUCUCUGGCGACACGGUUGUUAUUCGCGCCACCAAGGGUGCCCCGCCACCAGAGAAACAAAUCACUUUCUCUCAUGUCCUCGCCCCGAAACUGGCUCGCCGGCCUGGCGCUGGCGGCGAUGAGACUAAGGACGAGCCCUGGGCCUGGGAGUCACGCGAAUUUCUGCGCAAGAAGCUGAUCGGCGUCGAAGUGACUUUCACCUAUGACAAACCCGCGAACUCCAACCGUGAAUACGGUUUCGUCUGGGUGGGCAAGGACAAGGAAACCGGUGAGAACGUCGUUGAGUCCAUUGUGCGGGAGGGUCUCGUAACGGUACGUCGGGAGGGACGUCCUACGCCCGAGCAGCAGACGCUCAUCGAACUGGAGGAUCAGGCGCGUGCUGCCAACCGUGGCAAAUGGGCGCACAACGUCAACCCCGCCGAUAAAGUCCGGAACAUUAAGUGGUCGCAUGAGAAUCCAGCGCACAUCGUCGAUAUCUAUGGUGGAAAGCCUGUCAAGGCCAUCAUCGAGCAUGUGCGCGAUGGCUCCACUGUGCGUGCCUUUUUACUGCCCGAUUUCCACUACAUUACGCUGAUGAUUGCGGGUAUUCGCUGUCCUGGCGUUAAGCUGGAUGCCGAUGGCAAACCCGACCUGAGCGUGAAGGUACCCUUUGCGGAUGAGGCACGGUAUUACGUUGAGACCCGACUGCUGCAGCGUGAUGUCGAGAUCAGGCUAGAAUCUGUCAACAAUUCCAACUUUAUUGGCACGAUUCUGUACCCCAAGGGCAACAUUGCUGAGUCGCUGCUACGCGAGGGCUUGGCCAAGUGUGUGGACUGGUCCAUGGCCGUCAUGAAGACAGGCGCUGAUAAAUUGCGUGCCGCUGAACGCGUUGCAAAGGAGAAACGUCUGCGACAAUGGCAGGAUUACCAAGCGAAAACGCCCGCUUUCAACUCCAAGGAGAAGGAUUUCACGGGCACCGUCGUCGAGGUCUUCAACGGCGAUGCCAUCAACGUACGCCUUGCCAAUGGUCAGGUGAAGAAGGUAUUCUUCUCCUCUAUUCGGCCGCCACGUGAUCAGCGCGCUGUCGUCGGCACGGAUGGGGAGGAGAUCGUCAAGGCUCCGCCACGUGGCAAGAACUAUCGUCCACUCUACGAAAUUCCGCAUAUGUUCGAGGCGCGUGAAUUCCUGCGAAAGAAGCUGAUCAACAAGAAGGUGCAGUGCAAUCUGGACUACAUUUCACCAAUGCGUGACAAUUUCCCGGAGAAGCACUGUUACACUGUGCUCAUCGGCGGACAGAAUGUGGCUGAGGCAAUGGUGGCCAAGGGUCUGGCCACUUGCGUGCGGUAUCGUCAGGAUGAUGACCAGAGGUCAUCGGCCUACGAUCAACUGAUUGCUGCCGAGCAACAGGCCAUCAAGGGCCAGAAGGGUCUUCAUGCCAAGAAGGACAAUGCCACGUUGCGCGUCAACGAUCUAACUGUCGAGCAUUCCCGCAUUAAAGUGCAGUACCUGCCCUCCUGGCAACGCGCUCUGCGUACCGAAGCCAUCGUUGAGUUCGUUGCCAGCGGCUCACGGUUACGCCUGUACGUGCCCAAGGACAGCUGUCUGGUUACCUUCCUGCUCGCUGGCAUUUCAUGCCCACGUUCAUCGCGUCCUGCUCUUAAUGGCGUGCCCGCCCAGGAAGGCGAGCCCUACGGCGACGAGGCGCUGACAUUCACCCGGGAGCGUGUGCUGCAGCGUGAUGUUUCCGUGCAUAUUGACACCACGGACAAAGCGGGCUCAUCGGUCAUUGGCUGGCUAUGGACUGAUCAGAACGUUAAUCUGUCUGUCGCUCUUGUCGAGGAGGGUCUCGCCGAGGUGCACUUCAGUGCCGAGAAAUCGGAAUACUAUCGACUGCUCAAGAGUGCUGAAGAUCGUGCCAAGGCGGCCAAGAAGAACAUCUGGGCCAACUACGUGGAACAAGUGCCUGAGGAGAAGGUUGUCGUCGAGGAGGACAAGGACGAGAAAGUUGUGGUGGAGCGCAAGGUCAACUACGAGAACGUUAUCGUCACUGAGAUUACCGAUACGCUGACAUUCUUUGCCCAGUCGGUCGACAAUGGACCCAAGCUGGAGGCAUUGAUGAACAAGCUGCACGCCGACUUCCAGGCUAAUCCGCCCAUUGCCGGCUCGUACACGCCCAAGCGUGGUGACCUGGUCGCCGCUCAAUUCACCUUCGAUAAUCAGUGGUACCGCGCCAAGGUGGAGCGCAUCCAGGGCAACAACGCCACUGUUCUGUACAUCGACUACGGCAACAAGGAAACUCUACCUAUUAGCCGGCUGGCUGCCUUACCACCUGCCUUUAGUAGCGAGAAGCCUUAUGCCACCGAGUACGCACUCGCCUUGAUCGCACUGCCCGCUGACAAUGAGGACAAGGAGGAGGCAUUGCGCGCCUUCUCUGACGACGUGCUGAACCACAAGUUGCAGCUGAAUGUUGAACUGAAGGUCGGCAAUGGACCGCAUCUGGCCACGCUACAUGAUCCGACAACGAAGACGGACUUGGGCAAGCAGCUUGUGGCCGAUGGACUUGUGCUAGUCGAGAAGAGGCGCGAGCGUCGGCUGAAGGAACUCGUGGAGCAGUACAGGACUGCACAGGAAGCGGCUUUGGCUGCACAUUUGGCUAUUUGGAAGUACGGCGAUAUCACGCAGGAUGAUGCGCCCGAAUUCCGCUAGGAGAUGGUUCAAGCGUGCAGUAGGCAGGCGGCGUGUGGAGCGCGCGCUGCUGGCUGAAAUGUUUGUCUGCCACAUACCCGCCCUUUAUAUAUUACAACAACAACAACAAGCAACAACUUAAUGAAUAUGAAAUUAUUAAUUCUAUAAAUACACUCACACAAACAAGCAAACACACCAAUUUAUAUACAUAUAUAAAUAUAUGAUGAAUAUAAUCACAUUGGAAAUAUUUGAGCAACAGGCAAAGGAAAAGUAAAAGAAACGAAUAGAAAACAUGAAGGAAAGGUUGAAACUUGAAACAUUUGAAUGCUUUAAGCAGCUGAUAAACCGUUCUAAAUUCGGUUUUUACGGUUUUAAAAAACUUUAAUAAUUCUUUAAACAAAUAUACAACAAACAUGCAACGUAAACAAAAAUUAGCAGCAAUUGACCACUUUGUAAACGGUUAACUUCCAAUAAAAUAGAAUCAAAGUAAAAAUCGACAAGUUACAGCUUCUUUUUGAAUGCGUCGAAAGUAAAAAGUUAAAGCUCGAUUAAUUUAGAUUUGCUGAUUUUGUGUUAUGGUAAUUAAUUUUUUUUGAAUCAACAGAUUAAAUAAAAACAUAUUAAAAUCAUUUUUAUACAAAAAACCA